AUGGCGGCCGACUUAGCGAGGAAGAAGCGUGAACUUGCCAACAAGGGCACAUUACUCGUUUCAUUUGGUCUAGUCAGUGCCUCCAUUUUCGACUUCGACAUCGUCAUUCCUGCUGUUGCCGUCUUCGUGUCCAAAUGUGACAGUGCAUUUGUGUCUACCAACUAA